GAGUCCCUGGGAGGAAGGUGCUGCUCCGUGUCUGCACGCGGACAUUCCUGCUCUGGAGGAUGACCCCCUGACCCGUGCAGAGGAAAAGAGGAGCUCAGCUGUCAAGCACAACAGGAAGGCGUGCGGUGCUGCGGUUCACUGGGAUGAUACCUGCAGAGCUGCCGCAGGCGUGGAAGUGAGCCACGGGCUGUGCGUAGUGCUGAGGGAGCUGCGCUGCUGCACGAACCUCGUGCCAAACCACAGCGCUGCUCUGGCUCCCGUUCUCCUUUUCUGACACCUGUAGUGAGUCUGAAGCACGCUGCAACACAGACUUCUGCGGCUAGUUCUGAAGUGAAGAGGGCAUGGACCCGCACUGAAUAAGCCCUUUUAACCGUCAGGAUUGCGGGCCAAGGACACGAGCUGCAAACGCACCGGGGCUGCCAAGCCAGGAGCUGGCUGCACACCAGCACUUGAAGGAGGACGAGCGGCAGGACGCCUUUGGAGGCACAGGUGUACCUGUCGGAUACUGGCUGUGAUCUUUACCUGUGACUCUACAGAAGCGAUUCCUUCCUAAACUCACUUCAGAGAAAUAAUUCAAUAACAAGACCUUACAACCCGCUGAGAAGAUACAAUGACUGAGUUCCUGGUUUGCUUUAACUGGUGCAAUGGUGAGCAGCCCCAGCCGAAGAGGCGUCAGCGAUUGGACCGGAACAUGAUAGGAGAACCAAUGAACUUUGUUCACAAUGCACAUGUGGGGAUAAGAGAGAUGAGUAGUGACUUUUCAUCAGCUGUAUCAAUUCAAGACCACAUGAAGUCUAAAGGUGGCUACACAAAUGGCACUUCUGCAGCUGCUGAGCUAUAGGAAAUUGAAAGAAGGCUGACAUCUGCUCUGUCUUACAAAAGUCUCCUGGACUGUGCUUUCAGAUUCACUAAAACCUCUUUAUCAUGGAGUAUAGAGUACUUAAAUUAUAAUAGGUCAGUGCAAGCUUUUGCAUUCUUUGCACAAUAGCUUCUGAAGGAGUUACUGGAAAUUAUCCUUAAAGUGUUCUGUCAUGGCGGUGCUGUAGUAGCAACUGUAGUUUGUCACUGUGGAUGACUUCCUAGCUGUGUCCCUGAAACCUCAAAGUUGUCUUGUAGGAUGGGAUAGGAAAGUGAUUUGAAUUGUCUGGGGUUUUGGUUUGUCUUUCUCUCCUCUUCAAGAAAUGCAGAGAUUGAUUUUAUUUGAAAGACGAGAUGUUUGCACUUCUUACAUGGGAUAAAUUGAAUUUCUAGGUAGGAUCUCAUAGCCUACAAUACAACUUUUGAUCUAAAUUUUGGAUGGCUUACAACCUGAGGCAUAAUUCUACUGAGCAGUAAUUUGGGUUUUUUUGUUUGUUUUAUUUCUCCAAGGCUUUUGGUAGUGAACAGACUCUAGUUUAGUCUGCAGAAAACAGUGAAACUUCUGCCUUCUGUGAUAAAGCUUUUAUAGCUAAAAAUACAGGUUUUGCAGACCGACCCACUCAGGGAAACAAGUAUUUCUCUCAGCUACUCCCCUCCCCAUCGUGUAACUAAUAUGCUCACAACUGUAUGCUAAUUUUGCACAACUGCUAUUGAAUUUUAAAAGAAAUCUACUUUAAGAUCACUCUCUAUUAUAACCUAUCUAUAGCAAUAGCUUUACAGAACUUGAAGGGAUAUCUCCAGGUUCUGCCUUUUUAGUUUCAACAUUCUUCUCUCAGAUGAAGUUUUUCUCAUACGUAUUUUUUUUACUUAAAGUAUGGUUUAAGUGACAGAGACAGGAGAAUAUGAAAUGGAAACUGCCUAUUACAGACUUCCAGCACUUCAUAAAUACAGAUAUUUAGACAUACCCAAACCACAGUUUAUCACUUAGUUCUUGUUAAUGUUUCUUUUAAGUGAUGUGCUAAAACUACUGAAAUAGAGCUAGAUUUCUCUCUUAUCCAAUCACUGACAACUGCUCUCUGACAAAAUUAUGAGUGAGUAUUGGUGUAGAGACUUUGGAAAUCUGCUUGCUGUCAUAGGAUUAACUAAACACGAGUGUUUAAAUUACUGCAAAAUCCGCACCAGUUACACCGUAAGUUACUGGAACUCUUCCCUUCUUGCUUUAGGCAUAAGGUCAGCUAUCAGCCUUUUUUCAUUAAAAAUAAAAUAUUUGCCAGCUAGAUUUUCUUGUGAGGGAGAUUUUUAACUAGUAUGAUUCUGUUUAUGGCUUAUGAUACUUCUUAAAUCUGAACACUUGGCUGCAAAGCAUGUAAUAGAGUGUAUUAGGGAAGUCAGAACAUGAAAGGUAGUUCUGUGUUUCUGUGUGUGUUCCCAAAAGAAACUUUUUCCCCAUGCUUCCUUCCCAUAUUUCAUCUUAAAGGACUAAAGAGGAAGAGAAUGUUACUUUCCUUAAUAGUCAACAGCUGAUGGUCACAUUCAGCAACCACAUCAAAAAGAAUUUUAAUAUCCAUGUCUUGCUACAUCCUUACUUUUGAACUAGAAUACAUGUGAUAUUUUAAUACCAUUUAAAAUCAGCGUGUUAAUCAUAAAUGUAGCUUUUUAAACACUUUCAUAUUUCUGUCUUCUAACCUCAGACUUAUUCCAACAACCUAGUUAGGACGCAGAGUUCAAAGAAGCUAAAUUCUGUAUACCGUUGAGAAAGCAUACAGUGGUCAUUUUUAAAAAUAAAUUCUAACUAAUCUGCUAUUAAAUUGAA